CCGCGCGGGGUGCGGGGGAUUGUGGUUGUGCAGCCGAGCUCAACGGAGGCUAGUUUGCCGCCAGUUCUGCAAGAUGGAGGAUGGAGCCGUCAGAUGUCUGCUGCGUGCCACCAACUUCGCCGCUGUGAAACACAAGGAUCAGCGUCGGAAAGAUCCAGAGGGCACACCAUACAUCAACCAUCCUAUCGGUGUGGCGUAUAUUCUGAUGGAUGAGGGCGAUGUCACCGACAUUGAAGUCUUGCAGGCAGCAAUUCUGCACGACACGGUAGAAGACACCGACACGACUCUAGAUGAGAUUCAGGAUGUUUUUGGUGAGAAGGUGCGCUCAAUCGUGGCCGAGGUGACGGACGACAAGACGCUGCCGAAGGCGGAGCGGAAGCGGCAGCAAGUGCUACACGCGCCCACGCGCAGCCACCAGGCCAAGCUGGUCAAGUUGGCCGACAAGCUGUACAACCUGCGCGACUUGACGCGAGCCACUCCGGCGGGCUGGGACCAGCCGCGCGUGGAAGAGUACUUCCAGUGGGCCGCGCAGGUGGUGGAUGGCGUCCGGGGCACCAACAAGGCGCUGGAGGCUAAGCUGGACGAGGUGUUCCGUCAACAGAAGGCCUGAUGCGCGGCGAGGUCGGAGGCCUUGGCGCGGCAUUGCACGGCUUGUUUACGCGCCUGCGAUGCGUUGUAUGCGCCUAGCGGGUUUGCUGUGGGAGCGCGUGAAAAAAGCGUCAUGCUGAUGGGCUUGCGGAAGAAACUCUCGGGUUUUGGAAACUUCUGUUUUGAAGAUCUGUACUGAGACUGAAAUGGGAAAGGGUGAUCGGGAAUGUUGCGUGUCUUGCGCGCGCGUAUGCGUGUGCACUUCAACUUGCGCGCGUAUGCGUGUGACGGUAUUGUCAAUACUCAUCUCAGGGCAGCAAACAUUUCUACAACCCCGGGGCGUAGCUCCCGAACCCGAAGCUCCUGAGCCCAAAGGUGAAGAUAAAUUUUGCAUUCACUUGAAUUUUGAACGUAGUUUUACACGUUCUGAGAGAGGGCUGAUGAACUAUGGCGGCGUCUAAGAGUAUUGCAAGGUAUGUGAGAUGCAAGAUUUCUACCUGAUUUAUUUACAUGAUUUUGUUCCCGGAUCUAGACGCAGUUAGGCUCACGAAAGCGGAGAUGCACCCAACGAGCUGUAGACGGAAGCUGGAGGCCACAAUUUGGUUGCCUAGAAUGAUGACGUGUGCUGGAUGCGAGUACAAUGUUCCCACCUGUCGGUAUCACGCCUACGCUGCUUUUAUCUUUCACUGGCAAGCCGCCUCCCCUGGUGUAACAAUAUAUGCGUGCUUUACUAUGGCUGCACAUGGUAAGGAUCGUGCCUUUGCCCUUCGGGGAUAGUAGUUAUGUAUAGACAUUCAUGGUCUCAGCAUAAUGCAAAAGACCGUUCUUAGUCAAUUGCAUGUCGCUCAUCAGCCCCACACCGAUGACAUAAUUGGGUGUAAUGACUGGGCGUGAAAUAAACCUAUU